GCUUUAUUUUCAACAUUCUAGCCUGUAAUACAGGCCUGUGUGUCAGAGCUGAGAAGUGGAGAAUAUUGUGGUGCACUGGCAGCCUUCAGCUCAGGCUUAAUUGAUGGCCCAUCAAGGGGAGGGGCUCCCCCCCCUCACCUGCACUUGCUCUGCUGCCUACAGAGCGUGUUACGUGCCCUUCCCCCACCUUUCAAUUCAGAGCGACCUGCAGUCUGGAGUUUUGGACAAACACGGCAGGACCCUGGAGAGAUUUAGAAGAAGAAUUGAGAGACUCAAACUUCACCAUAGCAGAUGCGAAAGGAGGCUUUUCCAGACAGCUUCAGUGCAGGUCCAAAAGGCGAUGGCUGUGAUGCCAACACAGUUGGACUAUAUCCGUGAGGAUCCAGAGAGUGAUUCCUCUGGAUCCGAAUUAUCUAGCCAUACGGGAUCGGACACUGACUACAAGCCAACUCAGAUUACACCAUCAUCCCGUGAUGAGGAAGAUUUGAAAAGCCGAGACAUAGCUUCAUCAUGUGAGAAACUGUCCAGUGAUGAAGAGCUCAAAGGUCCAGACAGUGAAGAUGAAGGUCAGCAAAGAGCUGAAAGUCAAACAUCGACUUCUGUGACUGUCCCACAGAGGGAAAGGAAACGCGACAGAGAGGUGGUUGAAGAUGGAGGUUCUGACCUCUUCUCCCCGAAAAACAGACAUGACCAGGGCAGUGAGGAUCGGGACUCAGAUAUAGAGGAUGGAGGUUCUGAACCCCGUGUGGAUUGGAGUUCAGAUAUAGAUGAUGAAAGCCCAGGACCAAACCUGGCUAAAAGACAGAAGAAAAGAAGAAAAAAGAAGGCGGUGGUGAAAGAAAGAGAUGGAGAGGCUGACCACCUCUCCCCCCAAAAGACUCUUGAGCACUGCAGUGGGGAUGGGACUUCAGAUAUGGAUGAUCAAAGCCCAGGACUAAACCUGGCUAAAAGACAGAAGAAAAGAAGAAAAAAGAAGGCGGCGGUGAAAGAAAGAGAAGGACCCAAAGUACAGCUGAAGAGGCCAUGGAGUGAAGCAGAGAGGAUUGCUGUCUACAAACAGUUGGGAAAGUUUAUGGCAGAGCGGCGAUUUCCAGCUCAGAGUGGAAGGCGAGCAAAUAGAGAACGUUACCAUGGAAGUGAAAAAACAAGUCUCCCUCUGCCUCUCCCUCCUCUCUCAGGUGGUGUUGGACCACAGUGGUGUGCCCGUUGGCAGCACCGGGUCUCCAGUAAAGCUCUUCUCUUGGGUGGGAAGCGGUGUGCCAGGAGAGUGAGGAGAGCAAUGCCAUCAGCUGUGUGUGGCUUGAUAUUCAGACAAAGCUGUCUCUCUUUGGCUCUAUCAGAAACAGUUUUCCAGACACAUGCUACACGUGGACAGACACUCUCGUGGUUGCAUAUUCCCAACACAUAUUUACUAUGUUAAGCAGGGCUGGAGGGA